GGAAGUUGGAGAGCAGCCAGUUGCUCCCCCCUACGUCUCCGCGGGUCCCCGCCUCUGCACACACCUGCAUCCUGCAGCAAACAAUCAUUCUUUUCCUUUCCCCGCUAUCAUGCCGCUUUCCAGGCUGCAGCGUUUCCAGGCCAUGGUUCAAGACGACCUUGCUAAAAUUGCUGAAGAAAACAAACAGGCAGAAUCCCGCCGUGCACCCCCCAAGGCCUCUGAGCCCGAUUCUGAACCUGAGCCCAAGCCCGGACCUAACACUGCCUGUGUUAGCUCUGCUAACACCAACACUUCUGUUAACACCUUCGGAACCACCCCCUUCACCCAAGACUGGGCCGAUCAAGCUCCCGCUCAAGUCAAUCCACAGCUUGACGAGCUGACCGUAACUCAGGACGGAGCUGACCAAGCUCCUGUUCAAGACACUGUCGACCCAACGGCUGAAGAUCUUGUGCAACCGAUUGACGAGCUGACUGUCGAAGCUGACUCCGAACCUGCCCCUUUGCAUCCUCCUCAACCUUGCGAGCUUGAGAUCGGAGACCGUGCAGCCUACGAUCAGAUCUUCGUUCCCAUCUUGCCCUUCAGCAAAUUCCCUUACAAGUUUCUCCACGGAGCUGACGGCGAUCGCGUGGCCAAGAAGUUCUUUGACCAGGGCAAGUUCUGGAAACGUCAUUGGGAUCUGUACUACGUCUGGCCACCGGAAGGAACCUCCAGCGACAAGCCACUCAUCCUGAUCACUCUUGACCAAGCUCGGACUUUGAUUGUAGAGAUUAACCUCACCUUCAAGUUUAUCGACUUUCGCUUCACCGACUACCAUUACAACGUCAGUCUCUUGUUCAACAUUCCGGACCGCGCUCUCACACCUCGCUACCUCGGCCGGUCUACGUCAAAGGACGUGUAUUCCACGAUGGAACGUCGUAUCCCGCCCCCUCAUCACAAGUCGCGCAAGGAUGAGAAGCUGCCGCCUGUCGAUGAACGCACAUUGGAGAACUUCAAGCUCAAGAUCGAAGAGGCCCGGGAGCUGAACAAGGCCAGGAGCAAGGCUAUCAAGGCGGACAAGAAGCAGAAGCGUAUCGUCCUCCAGCGCGGAUGGAACCAUCAGCUCAAGCGCACUCAGCGUUACUUGGGUUUGAGGCAAGCUCUCACUGGAAACGAGCCUCCCGAGGACGAACUGUCCUCCUCUGACCAACCCUCGGCCGUUCGACCUGCCUCAAAAUCUCCUCCGAUCAACCCUGAAAUGGCAGCACCUUUCACAUUCGACAGCUCUGUCGUCUUCAUCUGUGUCGACGUGGAAGCCUAUGAGCUAGACAAUAACAAGAUCACUGAGGUUGGCAUUGCGACGCUGGACACCAUGGACCUCAUUAACGUCCCACCCGGAACGGAUGGCAAGAACUGGUUCGACAAGAUCCGCGCGCGUCAUUUCCGCAUCGACGAAUACAAGCACCUUAACAACUCCAAGCACGUCUCUGGAUGCGCUGAUCGUUUCGAGUUUGGCACCAGCGAAUUUGUCCGCCUAGCUGAUGCGCCAGCGGUCAUCGCGUCCUGCUUCCGGCCACCCUUCUCCGCCGAUCACCCUUUCGCCAGCGACGACAGGCGCAACAUCAUCUUCGUCGGGCACGAUCCUGAGGCCGAUAUCCGCUUUCUCGCCAAGCUCGGCUACAACCCGCUGAACCUGUCCAACCUCCGCGAAGCCAUUGACACUGCCAAGUUGCACAAGGCAUGGCGGCGCGAACCGCAGUCUCGCUCCCUUGGCUCAUGCCUGUACGAUCUCGACUUCGCCGGCUGGAACCUUCACAACGGCGGAAAUGACGCCGUCUACACGCUGCAUGUUCUGUUGGGCAUCUGCGUGCGCCAGGCCACGAAGCGGGGCACCGAAGUUGGGGAGGAAGAGCGCCAGCAGGUCUUGCAGCAGCGGAUUGAGGAGGCUGUCGCGGAUGCGGUGCAGAAGGUGAACGAAGAGCAUGAGGGCUGGAGCAGCGAUGAGGACGAAGACGGCGGCGCGCCGAUCAAGGACUUUGCCGCGUUGCACCUGAAUGGCGACAGUGGUGAAGGUGGCAGCAAGCGUGGAGGUGGAGGUCGCGGACGCGGUCGCGGCAAGGGCGGCAACAGCCCCGCUUUCAUACCGUACCCGCCGCAGCGCGAGCAGAGCCCGUCGUUUACUACAUCUCAGCGUGGAGGAUCCAAGCGUGGCGGACGCGGUGGGCGUGGCGGACGCGGUGGGCGUGGCGGUGCCACUGGCAGUGGCGGUGGCAGAGCCCGCGAGCAUCUUCCCGCUGAUUGGUGGGCUGGGCCUUGAGCUAAGCUGCUGGAGGAAUUUCUGGGCGGUGAAGGAAUGUGCAUGGCAUGCGGGGAUCGGGAUUCGGUACAAGUGCAUGGCGUGGACGGAUGGGUUCUGGUACAGGUUCAGUCACGGCAUUGGUCGGUUCAUGAGGCAGGUAUGGCGAUGAUGAUGGCUUUCUCUCUCUCUCUUUGGGGCUCCUAGGUAGAUAGGGCAAUGGCUCGGCUCCAGACUGGACCGUACCGUAUGGAAUAGGGAUAACGAUAAUGAGAAAAUGUGGUUGGCGAA